AUGGAUAGACUGCGCCAGCAUCUCUCUCGACGGCGUCGCAGCAGCAGCUCCAGCGCGACACCUCUUCAGUCGCCCAGGUCCCCAAGUUUCUCCAGCACCGACAGGCGCAAGGAUGAACAGGACGCAUCUCCGCGACGUCUCUAUGUAACGUCUGACACGCAUGAUUUCGACUCGAGCAUAAUCGCGCGCUUCCAAGGCGAAGGGUUCGAGGUGGAGUAUUUGCCAUUUCUGGGUGGGAACGAAGAUGUUGAGAGAGAUCGCAAGGAUCUGGAGAACUUGUUGCACGAGAGGGAGGAUGAUCUCGAGCCCGGGGAAAGAUACGCCGUCGUUGCAUAUCACCGGCCGGCCUUUCUGCUCCUCGCAUCGCACCACCAGUCCACAACAGCUACCAAUCCUCUUCCCAGAUUCAAAAAGCGCCACAGAUGCCACCUCUUCUUCUACCCAGAGUCCGAACCGGGCUUCGCAGAGCACCCGAGUCCGACCUACGACCGGAUCAGCUCCCGACUCGCCUGGAGCCGAGCGCUGGAUUGCCUCAAGCGCGGAUUCGGGUGGCCCGGCGGGAGCUGGAAGACGCCCGACGUCGAGACCAUCUGGGAGGAAUACUGGCGGAAUCUGCUCUUCGAUGCGAACCGUCACGCCGAGGCGGAGCAGCACGCCGCCAAGACGCCGAAGAUGAUGAUUGGGAGCGGGGAUCCUAACAGUCUAGACAGGCAGAUUGACGAGACCCCGCUGGUGAAUUGUGUUCCGACCAUGGUUGGGGGAAGCGAUGAGCGUUCGAUUUCAACCUUCUACGCGACAGCGUUCUUCCCCACCGGGCCCCCAUCUCAGCACAUCCGCUUGCUUUCUCGCACCGUCGGUCCGGACCGCAUCGUCGACGAGAUCCUGCUUGCGUUCCGCCAUACCGAGGAAAUACCCUGGUUGCUCCCGCGGGUACCGCCCACGGACCGCGACGUGAAGAUUGUCCUCGUGAUGACGGCCAGUUUCCGCGCGGGCAAGCUCUCCCGGCAGAAUAUCUACUGGGACCAGGCGAGUGUGCUGGUGCAGAUUGGGUUGUUGGAUCCGGCUCUCGUGCCGGGGGGUUUCCGCGGGACCGGCAAGACGAGGGAGGGCAGAGAGGAUGUGGAAAGGUUGCCUGUUGUUGGUGUGGAAGGGGUGGAGAGGGUCCUGAAUGGGUAG